GAGCGUCGACACCCUAUGUCCCAUGACUAGGAAGCACGGUUCCCUAUGUCCGGCGAGAACGAAACGCUACAGAUAGGCGAUGCGGCAGAGGACGUUUGCGUCCUCUGCGUGCGAUCCCAUGAGGCCGGCGCUGCAGGGCUGUGACAUAUAGCAUCGCAUAUUCGUGAUUUAGGUGGAGCCCUGCGCAGCUCAUGGAGCUCGCCUCUGCUUUCCUUCCAACCCCCACCAUCUCCCUCCGCCCACUAUGGCGCCCACGUUGCUCGCGCGCGAAGAACAGCAGGGAACAGACAAGUCCGCCCAGGCCGCCACCAUCGCGAUCAUUGUGAUCAUCGUUGUUCUCGUAGUCGCGACUGGCGUCGGCCUUUUCGUGACGCGCGAGAAGCGCAAGGUGAAAGAACACGCCGCCGGGACCUCUGAGGAGUAUGUCAAGGAGGAGGGUAGACACUACCUGCGCCGCAAGUCGUAUGAUCCCGAGACCGGGCGCCCGACGCGCCCCGUGUCGGGUAUGGCGUCUACGCGGCCAGCGUCGUCGAUCACGUACGCCCAGGUGCCGCUGCACGAGGGCGAGUACGAGGACCCGUGGAAGGAACAGGCGAAAGGGAACGUCAGCGUCUCCGAGCACGACUUCACUGCCGUCCCGCUCAUGCACGCCACACACCUCCCCUCCAUCCCGUCUACCGUCACGCUCGUCUCCGCUAGCCCCACGAAGAAGCGCGACUCCUCUCCACCCACGCUCCCGCCUCUGCACAUCCCGCAGCCUCUGCUCGCCGGCACGCGCCCGCUCGACGCCGAUCGCCGCUCAUCAGACUCGCGCCCAGCGGACCGGGAGAUCGACGAGGACGAUAUUCCCACACCCUCGUCCUCUCCUUCACUGUACUCCCAACCAUCGCUGUAUUCUCGCAACUCGGUGAAACGCCACCAUCGAUACGACUCCGAGCCCCCGCCGCCUGUGCCAGCCCUGCCCGCGGAGCACCGCCUCCAGGCUGCGUCGUACAUCCCGCGCGAGCCCUCCCCGCUCGAGCGCGGCAACACGAAAAAGGUCGCCAUGCUCCUCAAGGGCCGCGCGCGGGGCGGCGAGGACCCUUCGCGCAACGACACGAUGGUCUCCCAGAUCGAGCGCCAGGACUCCAUCAUGUCGGCGCCAACGCCCCCGCCCGAUAAGCAGGGCUUCCGCUUCGCAAGUGGUCGGCCACUGAACAUGGAUCUCAUGACUUCCGUGUCGGAGGAGCCAGAGUCACCUCGGUGGAAUCCGUACGAGAGUCCGGAGGAGCACCAUGGGCGGCGCGGAUCGCUCACUGACGCGUUCGACUCUGCUACGUCUCCGCCAAGGACUCGACCGCCCUCCGAGUACAGCGCGUCGACGGUCGGUCUAUCGAGGGACGCAUCUAUGCACGUUGCAUCGUCCUUCGAGCCCUUCGUGAACUCGAAGCGACUGUCCGCCGUCAAGGACUCACCGCUGGAUUCGCCCUACGGUGAUGAUCUGCAUCCCCAGACACGGAUAGGAGACGCAAGUGCAGACGAGCACGUCGCGCAGAAGCGCUGGAGCGCCCGGAUGAAGUCCGUCCGCGCCAUCGUCAACGAAUAGUUUGGACAUGCACAUAUUUAUUGCUUCACGAACUGCACGAUAUUUAUCUUACUGACAUACAGUACUCGUACUUACUCACCCGCCGCGACACCUCACUAGCAUUUCACGGUACAUUAUUACCCUCCGACUGCAUCUCACCACCACACGCCUACGCUUUCAGUAGCUUGUACCAUAGGCACGGACGCUCUCGCGACAGAACACUAGCAGGA